AUGCAAUACCACCCUCAUCCCCUCACUCUCGGGCUCCCUCCAAAACCGCUAUCCACCCCAAAACCGCUCUUCCCUAAAACCAGACUCCCCUACAAACCCAGGUUUUCUGCCUCCUCCGCCACGACGGCUCGUCUCAGGACCUUGUACGAACUUCUGUCGGUGACUGAGAGCGCCGGUCAGGACGAGAUAAAGGCCGCGUUUCGGAAGCUGGCGCGGAGGUGCCAUCCGGACACGUGUCGGUCAGAUAACAAAAAGGAGGAUUUCACGAAGCAGUUCAUCGAGGCUCGGGAAGCAUAUAGGGUACUGUCCGACCCUGUCCUUCGAGAGGACUACGAUAACCGCCUUAAGAACCGUUUUGGGGACUGGGAAUCGCAGCUGGCGGGUCUGACGACCCGGUCUGAUAGACGCGCCACGUCAGCCUCGUGGGGGAGUCGGAUGAGAGCUGCUGCUGCUGCUGCUGUUGGAAAUGCUCCUGCAUGA